AUGGCUUCUUCCAUUCGUCCCCAGUUUUUUUGCACCCGCCCAAAUGGCACUCUUACCCCGCUGAUCGCUCUCGACGAGUUGCCUCCUCAUGUCUCGAUCCGCGGGGCUCCUCGUACUUUGUCUCCUAAUGAGACUCAAGGAAUGACAAGUUUGGGAACCGUCAGCCCCAGAGCUCAGUCUUACAUUGUUGAGGGUGUGCCCCAAGCUCCGACCCGUGCCGCCUCGGCCAACGCGAACGGUCACCGUUCCAGAGACUUUGACAUGCAGGCCGCGCUCGCGCGACUCGCUUCUGACGAGACCAUCCCCCUGACCCAGCGUCUAGCUGUGAACACUAUGCUCCAGCAGGGUACUCCCCCGAGCUGGUCCGCGGGUAGCAACUGGUUGGUACCUGGCGGCAGUGGUGGCUCGGGUGGCGGUGGUUCGAGACAGAGCAAUCCUUUGACCAAGAAAGAGUUCUGCUCUUAUUGGAUUCGGCACGGUGAAUGCGACUAUCAGCAACAGGGAUGCCUUUACAAGCAUGAAAUGCCUAGGGACUUACCUACCUUGGAGAAACUUGGCCUGCGUGAUAUUCCCCGUUGGUUUCGCGAGAAGUACAACAUCCCGAGCCUGGUUCCAAGCGGGCAUGGUCAUCCACGCGCUCAAGGUGGCCAUGGACACCACUGGAAAGAGGAUUUGCCAGACCGCACCGGAACGAAGACAAUCCAAUACCUGCCACCUUUGGAUCCGAACGGAACGGUCGAUAAUUCCGAUGCGGAGAAAGGGCCCAAGCAGAAGAGUCCGGGCUAUGUCGCUUCGCAGCAAAGCCCGACGGUGAUUCCAAGUGCUUCACGCUCUACUUUCUCGGCCUGCAACUCUCCCAAAGUCCCAGAUCACCACAGACAGGCGGGCAAGUACGGUCCUCAGUUUGGCCCAGGCGCGAAAAGGCACGACCUCUUUCCUUUUGAUCCUCUGCCGGAAUAUCCGUCUCUGAACGCCAUGGGACCUGGUAUUGGCGCGUUGAAUCAUCCUACUGCUCGAGAUGACGCAGAGGCUCUCGACAGAGCGCAGCAUGAGGAGUUCUUCCACAAAAUGGCUCUCAUGCCCAACGCCGAAUACUUGCGCAAUCCUUUUGAUAUGUCUCCCGGUCAGAGCCGUUCAAGGAAGGCCCAGAAGUCUCGCCGCCUGUAUCAGCCUCGACCUCAAGCUACCGGAAUCGAGGCUAGAUUUGACGCUCCGGACCAUGAAACUUACAAGAGUAUAAACUCCCCAGUCGCUGCGGGCCCAAGUGUCGGUCCCUCCAUCUCUAAAGACGGUGUCAGCUCUCAGUUCGCAACCCCUCUCACCAGUCCUAUCGCGGAGGCUCCCAGUCGUGAUGUCUCGCCAUCUGCGCACUCCGGCUCCUCUCAUGCAUCCGAGGUCAGCCCCGGGGUUAUUCAGCCCCAGACCAACGACCAAGACCGCAGUUCCAUGCCAAGCCCUAUUGGAAGCAAGAGAGCUCAGCAGAAGAAGCCCAUGGGACCAUCCAGCGAUUUCUUCAAGCUCAACUCGAGGGGACAUGAAAAGUAA